CAAAAGUCUUUUCACCCUUUGCGCUCGUGCCGUAGAAUUUUGUGUGUGCUUUUUCUGCUUUUUAAAAUGGAUUUUCAGAGCCAAUACUCCAAAAGGCAAUUGAACGGAACCGUCUACAUAGCCUCACGACGCGUGCUUGACAAGAAACUCCGAUCCGAGCUGGAAAGUGGUGCCGGCGAACUAUAUCUGAUGUUCAAGGCCCCGUUUGCCACAUAUAGCAUAGACGAGAUCGCUCGGGUGGCUAGCGAACUGGGCGAGAUCUUUGUCAUGCGCUUCAAGGUUGACUUUCAAAACAACAGUCGUGGAUUCGCCUUUCUGCAGUACAUCGAUGCGUCCCUCCAGACGGAGGCUAUUCAUGUUUUGAGCCAGCGCUUCCGUGAUAUAAACUUGGACAUUGCCAUAUAUCCAUCGCGAAACUCGAAAGAGUUGAUCAUGGAGUCGAGCGACGAUCCGAGUCCCUACCAUGUUUACGAACAGAUGCGCUCCUUGUGCGCCUUCACAGGUGUCCGUGUCUACGAGGAUCGCCCGCGUAGCUACGUGUACAUAUUUGCCUACAUUAACAACGAUGCGGCUAUCAAGGCUUAUCGGAAGAUCCGUGAAAAUAUAAUGCUGUUUGGCUCCGCUGCCAGAAUCUCCUGGCUGCCUAACAACAGGACGGUGGUUGAGGACGACUUUGUCCCUGAAUGCUGCCAGAUACUGGACGACAAUCUCGUGCCCCCCGAUUUAAAGACAUGCAAUUGUUUCUCCUUUUCCCCUAAAAAUGUAUCCCUUCGCUUGGAGAAUCGUUGAAUGGCACCUCUAGCGUUAAGACAGGAAAGUGCCAGUGAAAUUGUUCAUUGUUUUUUCCUGGAAUAAACGUAGCACUUAAAGUGGAAACUGGAGACAGAA